UGUGGUAAGCGUUCGAAGCGUUCCGCGUUGUGGCCUGACAGAUCGCGAUCGUGAUCAGCUACCGGUGUUUUCAGACUCCCGAAUUAACCUUGUUCAAAGUUCGUCGCGUUUUCAGGCUUCUGUAUAACUUUUUCCCAAGACAGAAUCAGUGUCAGUGCUCCCCGAAAGAAACUAGUGAAUUUUUCCCAAUUGGAUGAGUUUGUUGUCAUCAUGAAAUUCAGGAUGGCAUCUAUAUUUAGUGUUAGGAAGGAUUUAAUUCGAUGUUUCGAAAAAAAUGCUUUAUGUGUGAUUCUUGUGCUUCUUUUCUGUGAAUUUCAUCUACCCCAAACUGGCGCCAAGAUACUGGAUAAUGAACCUGCGAGUGCUGUUUACGAAAUCGAGGCAGUUCAGGGUGGGAUGGCGAAACUUCCCUGUAACAUUACACCAACAGUGCCUGGAGAUAAGAUGCGUAUAGUUAUUUGGUCCAAAGAAGGAGAAAACAACAAGCAGGUUCCAAUAUACUCAUUCGACUCCAGGGACAGGGACUUGGAGGAAGGCAAACAUUGGGCGGACGAUCAACUGCUCGGAGGUCGAGCACAUUUUCGAUUUCAAGACGAUCCCGCGAAGCUGACAUUAGACAGCGUGAGAGAAAGCGACGGGGGUGUGUACAGUUGUCGAGUUGACUUCAAGAAGUCCCCCACUAAACUUGUCAAAGUGAAUGUCUCGAUCAUAAUACCCCCAGAAAAAUUGAGGGUUCUGAACGAGAAUGGCGUGCACAUACCUGAUUACAUUCUCGGACCGUACAAUGAAGCCAGUGCCGUCAACAUAACUUGCGUGGCUACAGGAGGACGCCCUUCCCCUAAGGUGACAUGGUGGCAAGAGAACGCUCUUCUCGACGACUCUUUCGAGAAUCUGCCUAAUAGGCAGGUUCGUAACAUACUCCAUUUGGAGAGGCUCGAGAGGAAGCAUCUACAUACUAUAUUCACCUGCCAAGCAUCGAACAACAAUCUGGUGGCCCCAAUUUCCAGCUCUGUCACCCUCGACAUCAAUCUGAAACCACUCUGGGUGAAGCUCAUCGGAGAAAAUAAGCCAUUAUCAGCCGAUAACACUUACGAGCUCAGCUGCGAAGUAGUGGGUUCCCGACCUGUACCGACCAUAACUUGGUGGAAGGGGAGUAUACAGAUGAAAAACACCAGGGAAACGACAAGCCCCGACCAGAAUACGACAACAAGUGUUCUGACUUUCACCCCUACUGUCGAGGACGCUGGAAAAUUUCUAUCUUGUCGAGGUCAUCAACCAAUGAUACCCGAUAGUGGCAUUGAAGACGGAUGGAAAUUGGAUAUACACCAUGUUCCUCUUGUGAGUUUGGAACUUGGAAGCACUCUUAAUGGCAGCACCAUCAAGGAGGGAGUAGAUGUUUACUUCGAGUGUAAUAUAAAGUCGAAUCCUUGGGUCUACAAAGUUAGUUGGAGACAUAACGGCAAGCAACUUUACAACAAUGCACAGGCAAAUACGAUUGUUACCAAUCAAAGUCUGGUACUGCAGUCCCUCACAAGAUCCAAAUCAGGAUAUUACACUUGCGUCGGUCAUAAUCAAGAAGGCGAUGGCGAAAGUAAUCCUGUGUUCUUAGACGUCAAAUUUGCCCCAGUCUGCAGACCCGGACAGCAGAAAAUUUUCGGUGUGGCUAGGCUUGAAACAGCGAGGAUAUUGUGCGAACUAGAAGCCAACCCUCCAGACGUUCAAUUCGUAUGGAAAUUCAACAACUCCGCAGGGACCGUGGAUAUUCCUCAAAAUCAGAUCCACACAGAGAAAGCUCGUAGCACGGCUGCUUACAAGCCAGUUACAGCGUUAGAUUACGGAACUCUACUCUGCUGGGGAAAGAACGAGAUCGGUGUGCAAACGGAACCCUGUGUGUACUACAUCAACCCCGCAGGUAAACCAGAUCCCUUGUCCAACUGCACGAUCAUGAACCAGACCGCCGAUUCGCUAUAUGUGGAGUGCAUCGCAGGAUUCGAUGGGGGUUUGCAGCAGGAAUUCAUAAUGGAAGUAUACGACACCCAGACUCGCAAAUUGGUGAGCAACGUCACAUCUCGAAAUCCGAUUUUCGCCGUUGGAGGGCUGGAAUCCGGCUUGGGCUUCAAUAUCGGACUGUACGCCGCUAACAAGAAGGGCCGCAGUGGAGUGGCACAUCUACAAGCUUUUACACUUAAGUCUGCUGAAAAACACACAGCAGCAGAACUGAAAAAGCCAAAUGCCCCGGAAAAUUGCACGGUCACCUUGCAUACCCGUUAUGCCGUCAGAGUGAGAUGUCAGGAACAGAACAAUGGCGACAGAAGAGAUUAUUUCACUUACGUCCUCCAGGUAUACGAUGCAUAUACGCGUCAUAUUAUUGGCACAACAACCUCCCAGGAUUCGGAAGAUAUUAGCUAUAACUCAUUACCGAAGGACCACGAUGAUUUGUUGUUGUUUGUAAGGACCAUGGAUGCCAGAUCUAUAACGAGCGAUGCCUUUAUUGUAUAUGCUUCUUCUGCCGUUAAUACGGGGUUUUCGGCAUCAACGCCUGUCCUUCUACAAAUCACCCCAUUAUUAGGAGCCCUGAUAGGUGUGGUAGCCGCAUUGAUUCUCGUUGCUGUUAUCAUUGUGAUUGUGAUACGGAUCAGGGGAGGUGGCGAUAGGGACGACAAAGAUUACGACGAUGGCGGUCUAUCAAUAGCUGGAAGAAGGUCAGUAUCUCGACAUGGAGACAAAGCAAGUACGGAGCCUCUUAACAAAGAUCUGAAUGACAGCGUGGAUAGUUUGGAGGAAAAGAACCCGGAUAUUAUACCUCAAAGUAACGGCGAGGAUGACUAUCAAGACGAGGAAAGGGCAUUCGAGAGGCUUAAUAACGCACCUUCCAGGAUAGUAAGCAGGAUACAGAGUCCUAACAGCCAAUCAAAGAAUGGAUCGUACGAUAAAUACAACAAAAAGAACGAAGAGAUAACUUACGCCGAGCUUUCUCUGACUAACCAGCAGAUGCCCCACGUUAUUUACACACAGCAGGCGAUCCCAAUGUCCGUAUUACGAAGACAAGAGCCCACUGUGUAUGCCCAAUUGGAUAUGUCGAACAGGGUGCCUGUGUCCACGUUGCAGCCCCUCAGCCCACCGCAUCCCUCGACGUUCCAGACGCUGCACCACCCCAUGACACACCUGCCCCCUUACAUGCCAAGGGGCUUUAGGGAAGAUCAAUUGCAAGACGGCAAUAUCACUGCCGAGACUCCACUUAUAAAUCCAAGGGAUAGUAGUGCCCUCCAACCUCUGCUGGAAGCAAAUAACACCAAGUCGUCGCAACUGCCUUCCAGUCAACCACGAAUUGUGACGGCAACCCGUUUCUGACCUAAUUAACUAGACGAUGAUUUAGUGUAUUUAUAAGCAAAAUGUUAAUCAUGAACUUCAAUGUGAGUUGCUCGUGCUCGCAUCUAAUGUUUUUUAUAAAAACAGAUGUUGUCCAAUAACAUAAAUGUAAUGAAUCUGAUGAGUGACUUAAGUUUGUUCAAUAAUUUUACACCAUUUCAUCAUUCAAACUUUUUCCACGAUGAACAAAAUGAACCUAUUCGAAGAUACAAUUUUUGAAUACUGAAAGCAUGGGGUACUAGAUGAAAAAUGUCAAUGUGGAUACGAUAUAACUAAUCAAUAAAAUAUUAUCAUUGUUUAUAACUUCCUAUAAGCAUUUUUGAAUAUAGGUUCUUCACAUUCCAAUUGAAGGUUGAGUGAAUGUAACCUAGAAUAACAAUACUCUCAAGAUAAUUUUCGGAGCACUCAAGUGAAAAGAUUUGAUAAAAAAAUAUUCAUCCGAAUGAUUGUAGUGAAAUUUUCCACCUUAUACUUCAAAAGAAUCUGCCACUGGAUAUUAAAAAUUUCCCUCUCCCUCUAACCACUCGGUUGAUUAUUCGGCCUACCCAUAAACUUCCGUCCAUAAAAGAUAUUGGAAGAUAACUAACAAAUAUUUACAUUUCAACUGAAGCUUGUGAGCUGUUGGAAGCCCUUUAUGUUUUCUGUAAGAACUCUCGGUUUAGAAUUUUUAUGAAACUCGUUUCAUUUCUCAGAUUUGUUAAACAUUAAAGAUGUAAAUAUGUACAUAUUGCUCAAUAAUAAUUGAUAUAAUAUAGUCAUGGACUUUUUUAUGAAUUAAAAUAUACUGUAUGUUAGGAUUAUUGAAUAACGAAUCUUAUUUCAAUAAUUAUGAAAUAUACGAAUUAGUAUAGAAGAGAAAAUUUUAUGACUGAGUUCAGAUAAUAAAGAAAUUAGUUAAUUUUUUGAAUUUUUCGAAUCAUGAUUGUGUAAAAAAAUACCAAAAAUGAUGAAGAUUGCAUAUGUAUGUAGAUCUGAUUUUUUUGGUUCAAUAAUAGUUAUCAUUUUUUGUUUGAACUAAUUCAGUAAUCAUAGUGAAAAUAUGCCACUGUGUUCAAAAAACAUAUUACAAUUUAUGAUGAAUUUGGUCAAGGAGAUGUUAUGAACAAAUCGUGCUCUAUUGAAUAAUCCUUCAAUAUGAGAAAUUAAAUAAGAAGAAAAUGAACACUGAGAAUUUUUUUACAAUAAUAACAGGGUGAAUAUCAUCUUAAUGUGCCAUAUGUCAAUCUUAGAAUAAUGUCCUGAAUUUUUCAAGUCGCUAUAAGAAUUUCAAGUGCAGUUGAUAUGCGGUACGUUACCACAUAUUGGAACGUGAAUACCGUCAAUUGCAAAAGAAAUCAUUAGUUAGUUCCAUAACGAUUUUGUUUCUGAAAUUAACCAUACUCAUUCAACCUGAUUUUGGAAAAUAUGCUCUAUCUGUAAGCAUCUUGUUUAGGCCUUGUUUACAUAAUUGCACCUAUACUCCAUUCAAGAA